AUGGGAUGUGUUCCUUCAGAAACUACACAAGAUCGUGUCCACAAGCCUGUGCAAUCUGGUCACGUACCAUCAGGAGACUUAGCUUUACAUAAAACUGCUACACAAAGUUCAACACUCGACGCUAAUAUUGCCGGUAGAGCAGUGGAUGGAACAAUCGGGAAAAAAAUUCCGGGUGGACACUGUUCUCACACAGGGCUACAUCAGAAUCAGGCCUGGUGGAAGGUUGACUUGGGAGACGUGUACAGGAUACAGACGAUCAACAUUACGUACAGACAAGCCUUUACAACCAGACUAUAUGGGUACUACCUCUACGUCACUAAUCAUACCGACAUGGCGGUAGACAGCAAUGGUAGCAUAAGUACACAUCGUGGACAUCUGUGUUACCACGACAACGGCUCGGCACUUCCUAACUACAAACAGUCACGGCAUUGUUCUAUCAACGGGAUAUACGUAAUCUUCUAUAACAAACGUCCGGUUGAUGAUACAAUGCAUCCUGCUAUAUCUGACGUCGCGUAUAUUGAGCUAUGUGAGGUUCAGGUAUUUGGAUGCCCCGUGAAUAACUUUGGACCUGACUGUAGCAGCGUGUGUCACUGUAGGACGGGUAGUUGUAACCCAGAUACUGGACACUGUGACGUUAGUGGAUGUCAGAUUGGAUGGACGGGGACAAGUUGCUCGGAAUGCACCAUGAAUCACUUUGGACCUAAUUGUAGCAGUGUGUGUCACUGUAGCGAUGGUGGUUGUAACCCAGAUACUGGACACUGUGACGUUAGUGGAUGUCAGAGUGGAUGGACGGGGACAAGUUGCUCGGUGUGUGAUACAAAUCACUUCGGUCCCGGCUGUGCCAAACAGUGUCACUGUGAGACAGAGGGAUGUAACAAGAUUGACGGAACGUGUAACGUUACUGGUUGUCAGGACGGAUGGAUGGGGAAAUCAUGUGAUCAAAGUAAGUUGUCCUGCUCGAUUCGUCAAUCUGCAAGUAAACCCGGCGAUACCGGCUUAGCGGGUUUGUCACUCGAUCGUCUUGCUGUGACCGGCGCAGACGGCAACAAACAUUGCUGA